AUGGCGCUGAGUGACCUCCUUUACCCAGAUAACCCCAAGAGACGGCAAGAACUGAUCCACUUGCACCAAGAAUUGCUCGACUGCAUGGCCACAAAUUUCCGUGCAACAAAUGAGCUGGCUGGAGUGCUGAAUGAACACCUGGGUUGUACCAUUACCCACAUUCACAUGAGAGAGAGCAGCACUGUCAAGGAAAAUUGUGAUAUUAUCAUUCAAGCAAUGAGUGAGAUUCAGCAUCAGGUACAGAAGAUUGAUAGUGACAUGAAGGAAAAGCUCGAGCCUGUGCUGUACCAGAAGCUGUAUGACAUCAAAGAGCCCGAGUUGGAGAAAAUUGCAAUAGCCCAUAAAGUUUUUUCCAUUGUUCUUGGUGAAGCGACUUCAACAGCUGCGAUGGUAGCCAUCAAACUACUUAGCUCCAAUGUUAUAACUCUCACUGUGAGCAAGCUUGUCAGCCUCCUUGCACAGAUUGGGGCAUCUGUUCUUGGGGGAAUCAGCAUCACCAUUCUUGGGCUUGGCAUUGAAAUGAUCCUCCAUGCCAUCCUAGGAGCUGUGGAGAGGAAUCAGCUUCUGGCAGCUGUGAGGAGCUACGAGAAGCACCUGGCUGAGUUUAAGGCAGCCUCAGAAAAGUACCAGCGUGCCAUACGUGAAGUGACUUCCUUGGUGAGACAGCAGGUUCAGGGAAUGAAGACUGAGUUCUCUCUCCUGCUGUGA